AUGGAUUGGCUGCCUGAGCAUCCACCAAACUUCAUGAAGAGACAACGAGAGCCCUAUGAGAAGUCAAAGAAGGCCAAGAAAGCAAAGUUAUGGGAACCUUCUGUAUCAAGACCUCCGGUACCUCUGAUCGAAUCUCCAAGUAAGUCCCUUUCUCCUCACUCUCCCUCUGUACAUUUAAAGAAAAUUGUUUCUUCCCUUCCCCAAACCUCACCCAUCUACACACAAUUUGAACCCUCACCCUCAACCACCAAACCCUCUGAAACACCUUCCUCUAACCUCUCAUCUCCCCCUCUCCAAAAAUUUAACCUCACCACCACAACCUUACCCAUCUCUGAAGCAGAAAUGUUCAAUGAACUAACUUCACCACCCUCUUCAACACCCUCAUCCCCACCUUACUACACUAUCUUCUCUGACUCAGAACCUUCUGACCCUCAAUCUCCCACCUUGGCUCAGCUUCAGGCUCGUGCCCUUGCCACACAAUAA